AUGACAGCUGGCUCCUCAAGAUCCUUGCCCUUGUCCUGGCAUGUCCUGCUCGGACUCUGCCUCUGUCUCCUGCUCAGCCUACAUCUUUCUCUUGGCCAAGAUGUCCACAGUGAAGACACGAACCCGACUAUGGGCCGCAGUCAAUCGGCCACGAACAGUGUGUCAUACUUUAGGGCGUCGAUCCCAAUGCGGAUCUACGAGUGUCUCCGCGAGUUCAGCAUGCUGCACUGCACCAAGUUGUAUGUGCUGCAGAAGAUGGAGGAGAGAACCAAGAUGCCCAGCACCGGCAACCUGACCCGUGACUUUCUGGACCAGUUCUUCGGCGAGGAGACCCAGAUGGGCAGUCUGGUGUCCAAGAAGUACCUGAGCAUGUCCGAGAAGGAGCUCAACCAGCGGCUGGUGGUCAACUUUCAGCGCUUCUUCAAACAUCGUGACCUCAAGCUGCACUUCCUCAACGGAAUGCUGGUGAAGGUUGUGCCCAGCAAGGAUAACAAGCUCAAGUUUUCGCUUAAGAAGGCUCCCAAAUCUCGGAUGGGACGUGCCCGGAGACGUGAGACCGAGGAGAUGGAUCUGAACCUGAUCAACCUGCCCUCCAUCAGCGGCGGUGGCGUCAACAGUGGCAGCGUGGAAAACUAUGAGCCAGAGCCGGAGGGAGAUUCCAAGCAGCAAGGAGGCUUGGGUGGCGGAGGUGGCGUGGCAGGUGGAGAUGCCGGUGGCGGAGGGAUUUUGGGAAAGCGCAAAAAGAAAAACUCAUACAAGGUGACCAUGAUGCAGGUGGCAGUGCCCAUGCUAAUCUUUCCCGUCGUCCUGUUGGGCAGUCUCCUUCCUUUUAUACUGCCGGCUCUGAAGAUGGCCACCAUUUUGUCACUGGUGUUGAACAAUGGAGCCUUCAUGGCGGCCUUAAUGUACGCCGCCAGGACGCAGUUCAACACCCACGAGGAGCAGCACAUAAGCUACAGUUAG